AUGCCCCUCUCUCCGAAGAUAUAUACCUGGCUUUGUGGCCUGUUUGCUAGCUUGGGAAGCAUCAUCUUUGGAUAUGACCUUGGCGUUAUCGCAGGAGUAACCCCUGCACCGGACUUCCAGAGAAUCAUGGGCUCGCGAUGGGAGAACACCAAUUUACAAGGCUUGGUCGUCAGUAUCUUUGUCCUUGGAUGUUUCUUUGGCAUGAUCCCCGUUGCAUAUGUAGCCGACCGCUUCGGAAGGAGGCACACCAUCCAACUCGGGGCGUUGGUUUACAUGCUCGGAGGGGCGCUCCAGACUGGUGCUCACAACAUGGACAUGAUGCUGGCCGGCCGUUUUUUUGCGGGGUUUGGUGUCGGUAUCAUGUCUGACCUCGCGCCGUUAUAUCAAGCCGAAAUUGCGCAUCCGAGUAUACGAGGAAGAUUGACGACGCUGCAGCAGUUCAUGCUAGGAAUUGGAGCAUUUGUUGCUUCUUGGGUGACAUACGGCUGCUCGGCGCGGCUUAAGGGUCUUCCAGCAGAAUGGCGUAUUCCCCUGGGUGUCCAGGCUUGUAUUAUAAUUCCUGCCAUCCCACUGUUCUCCUUCAUUCUUCUCCUUCCGGAAUCCCCCCGCUGGCUCGCUGAAAAUGGACGCUCUGCCGAGGCUCAGGCAACUCUCGCUCGCUUACAUGCCAACAACGAUCUCACUGACCCCUUUGUCCUGGCACAAAUGAAAGAUAUCGACGCGGACAUUGCGCGGUCGAAGGACAUUGGCGCCGCCACCUGGGGCGAACUCUUCACUGAACGCAGUAACUUCCGGAGAGUGGCAUUGGGAUAUAUCCUCCAGUUUUCCGUGCAGAUGACCGGCGUCAGUGCAAUUCAGUAUUAUUCGACAACCAUUUUCAAGACGAUGGGGUUUUCAUCCACGCGCAUCCUCCUCUUUCAGUCUAUCAACAGUGUUAUUGCGCUACUCGGUGAGGCAGCCUGCGUUAUCUGGAUUGACGCAACAGGGAGGAGGAAACCUAUGAUCGUCGGCAAUAUCGCCUCUGGUUUGUCAUUUGUUGUCGGCUCUAUCCUCAUGGCUCGUUGGCCGGGAACCGUCAACAACACAUGGGUUUUCAAUUUCUUUUUCAGCGCAUGUAUCGGCCCACUAUCGUGGGCAUAUCCGGCUGAGAUAUACUCGACGAGGACCCGUGCAAAAGCUACAGCAAUAACUAGCUCAGGAUCAUGGAUCUCCAACUUUUUCAUUGCCCAGGUGACCUCACCAGCAUUUAACACCAUCGGUUGGAAAUACUACCUUGUCUUUGCCAUUUGUGGACACACGAAGUAUGUGAUCGACUUGGGUGGUUUUGUUCAGCUAAUGGCAAUCCAUCCCAGUGCACUAUUCAUCUGGGCAUUUUACCCCGAGACGACUGGCCGUCGACUCGAAGAGAUGGACGCCCUCUUCCAGAACGCGCCUUUGUUCAUCCCGGGAACACCGUACACCAAGGUCGGCGACCGAUUGGCUGCAGAGCGUGAGCUUCGACAGGGUACAUUCCGCCCCGGAGAUCUUACGGAACACGGCAAUGUUGAGGGCGACGUUGAUGUGGAGGCGGGGAAGGAGAGCACGGAGAAGAUCGAGUGA